AUUUUUCUUUAAAUCGGUUCUAACUGGCGGUAGUUUAAAGUGGUUGGGCGUGGAGAUGGUUCGUCAAACGAGAUCUGAGUGGAAAGCUGGCUAUUUCCGAAAACUUGAGAAACAUUUGUCAGAGUUCGAUAAGUGUUUUAUCGUCAACGUAGACAAUGUCCGUUCCAAGCAAAUGCAACAAAUUAGGAUGGCACUUCGGGGAAGUGCAGAGCUGGUACUAGGGAAAAAUACGCUGAUGAGGAAGGUCAUUCAGAAGCAAAUGGGUCAAGACGCUACUUUGGAGAAGCUUUUGCCGCAUAUUCGGGACAAUGUCGGAUUUGUCUUCACCAAUGGUGACCUUGCAGAUGUCCGUGAUAAAAUUGAGAAAAACCGUGUCGAAGCACCUGCUAAAGCUGGUGCAAUCGCUCCGUGUGAUGUCAUCGUGACAGCUCAGAACACUGGUCUUGGUCCAGAGAAGACUGCUUUUUUCCAAGCUCUUAGCAUACCAACAAAAAUUGCCAGAGGAGCAAUUGAAAUUAUUAGUGAUGUUCAUCUGGUGCACAAAGAUGAAAAAGUUGGGAUGAGCGAAGCUACACUACUCGGAAUGUUAAAAAUUCACCCAUUUACUUAUGGUUUGGUUAUUAAACAAGUGUUUGAACAAGGUUGCGUGUAUGAUCCUGCUGUUUUAGAUAUAACUCCUGAUAUGAUAACUGAAAAAUUCGCCGCCAUUGUCCAAAAUAUUGCAUGCUUAAGCUUGGCGUUGGAAUAUACAACAUUUGCCAGCAUCCCACACGUUCUAGCAAACGGGUUUAAAAACUUGUUGGCUAUAUCUCUUAUGACAGAUUACUCGUUCAAAGAGGCCGAACAGAUAAAAGAGUUCCUAGCAGAUCCUACUAAAUUUGCUGCAGUCAUCACAUCCGCUGCCGCCGCACCGGCUCCAACUACUACAACCAAGGCUGAAGAAAAAGCUGCACCUGCAGAGGUGUCUUCUGAAGAAAGCGAUGAAGACAUGGGAUUCAGUUUAUUUGAUUAGAUGUUUAAUAAAUAGUUAACUGGUUAU